ACUGGAACCAUUUUGAGUUAAAAGCUUUUAGGAAGUUUUUAGAUUGGAUUAAGAGAUUAUUGGUUGAGAUUGACUUUGCUGGUCACAAGCUCGCGUGGUUCGGAUUAAGACAGUCGCUGAAGAGGACUCUGAGAGGUUGUCGGGCCUACUUGCCUUGUCAUCAUGCCGGCCGCGAAGGAAGAUGUACCGAAGGAGGAGUAUCCAAAGAUCGAAGCUAUGGAACGGGGUCCAGGCCCGGGGAGAUACCGCCUCCCACCUCAACUUGGUCACUUAGAACACGACACCCGUAGGAACAGGGCUCCAGCUUACUCUUUUGGAAUCAAAACAAGUCCAUAUUCUGAGAGGACACCUGGCCCAAGUUAUUCAAUCGAUUCAGCCCUCACGAGAUUUGGGAGAGAUGGAACGUUCCGUUACUCAAUGCUGGGAAGACAUGCUCUCACAAAAGCGUACAAUACUCCGGCUCCAGGGGCCUAUAACCCGGAGCACGUCAUCAUCGAUAAGGGAAGUCUUGCUCCAAAAUACAGUCUGAGCCAUAGGACUAACUUACGUCGAGCAGACAAGAUCCCAGCUCCAAAUUCUUACAAUAUCCCCUCCAUGGUGGGGCCGGUCAUUCCCACCAGGCGAGGAGGGCCUGCCUUCUCUAUGGGAAAGCGGUUAGACCAUUACAGCUCUACAACGGACUUGGCAAAGACACCUGGUCCAGCAGCUUACAUGGCAGUCGAUCCGACCACUAACAAAUCAAAACCUAGUGAAUAUUCGAUGCAGGGGCGAACCAAGCCUUUGCAAGACAAGACGAAUGUCCCCGGUCCAGGAGCUUAUAAUCCUGAGAACGUGAAUAUAAACAAACCUCAUAAUCCUAAGUUUACCAUGGGUAUUCGACACUCACAGUACCUUACACCGCUCAUUGUUGAAGUUAGUGACUAAUGGAAGCUGAAAAGUAUUUGAGCUAACUUAACCAAGCUAAUGUUAUACGAUGAAUUAAAGUGGGGUCCAUCCGAUUCAAUCUUUGCAAUGGAAGGCUCCCACACACACAGCAAAUCGUGUCUUGCGAUGAUUUCGAUGACAUGGUCUUUGGCAUUUCUUUUUUAACCGCUUGUGAUGCUUGAUUUCAAAUCAUCCCGAUGAAAUGGAACUUUCUGUGACAGCGUAUCGCGGAAGGCCGUCAGUUCGGUGUGGAAUUGCUUAUUGAAAACUAUUGUUGAUGAAUUCUUCCUGUUUCUCUACAUUGUAUACUAAAUCCAAGAGCAAACAGGGAAAUCGUCAGCGAGAUAAUGUUACAGAGGUCUUAUUUUAAAAAGAAAAACGAACGUUUGGCUUUUUCGGCGUUAAUGAUGUUGUGUCUUUUGCGACUUGGACGAGCCAGUGCAAGAGAAUAUAAUCAUAAAGACCUCUGUGACAUGAUCUUGCGGACACUUCCAUUGUGUGCUCUCAGCUUUACCUGUACGCGUUCGCCAUCGGUGUUGUGAUCGACUGAAGCUGUAUCAUAUUUCCGUCCAAGCAUUUUAAGUAACUGUGAUAUCAUUUUUAUUACCUUUACAUGUAGCCACUCAAGAGAUAAGUAGUUUUAUUUAUAUUUGUGUAAGUGUACAACUAACAUUAAAUCUUGCAUUGAUCCACAACUCAAUUCUUGUAA